GAUGGCGUUGCAACAACGGCAUUGGAAACAGUGUUAGCCGUUCGCAGUCGAGAAGUGACUGUCGGUCACCGUUCGACGGAACCCGGGGAACCUGGAAUUAUUCAACUGUAAAAUCUAAUGACCGUUUCAAUAUCAUGGAGGAACUCGAGGAUUUACUUGAAACUUACUAAAGAGUAUAGUUUGAAAAAUGAGUUUCAAUUAAGAAUAGAAAAAUGUUUGCGCAAACGUUGAAAAUUAUUCUAUCCGAUUAGACUCUUAACUUUCAAUUUGUCCGUCUCGUUUGAAACGGAACCAGUGAAAGCAGACGCUUGUCCUGUUUAAUCGCAGCACUCAUCAUUAUUAUUAUAAAUAAUCGACGUAAUUACCAUAUUACCAGAUAAUGCGAUCUAUUAAUGUAAAGGAUUGUAAUCAGGAAUUCACAGAAAAUUCUGAAAACAGACGCUUGUCGCGGGCCUAACGAAACACGACACGCCAAACGAGGAGCAGAUCGAUAGAGACCGGUCGCGUUGCUAAAGAAACUCGCUAAUGGUGCCGCGCACGCCGUGUAAACACUCGUGGCGGAGUUCCGUUGAUCGAACAACCAUGUCCUGCGAGAAGAAAAGUCCUGCCAGCUCGAGCACCUGGGAACAGAAAGCCUACGAACGACAUCGUAUGAAAGUGAUGAGAGCAACUUGCGCGAUAGACGUGAAUCCUCCGAAAGGCAGGCCACACGUGGUCUCGAACGCGAAGGGGUUGCAACUGGAAAGAGAAAAGCAGGAUCGCAUCCUGCGGGAGAAUUUCAUUCUUUUGAAGAAACUGCGCGACAUCAUGCAUCGGAAACGGCCCACGGUGGAAAGCCAGAGACUGAAGUGGGACGAAUCUCGAUGCAUCAGGACUCGUUGAUCGGGAUUUGCCAUUUUGUUCUCAGUGAUUCUCGCGUGAUGUACGAUAACGAACCAUUGUAGCACGAAGAUAUUGCUCUAACCCUUUGCGAGCGAAGCUAAAUUGCACAUCGAGUGCUUAAACAAUAGAAAAAGGAAACUAUACACCGAUCACUUGCCAUUCGAGUAAUUAACCCUUUGAACUCUGUAGGCUCGAAUAUUGCACCAGUUGUAAUAUCAAAUAUUUCAAUGAAUCUUAA